AUGCCGGUGCAAUGGACCUCCGAAGCCGACGCAAAGCUCUUCGUCGGCGUCCUCAACCAAUGCCACGGCCAACUGAAACUUGACUGCCAGAAACUGGCCCAGCACAUGGGGGAAGACUGCACCGCCUGCGCCAUCGAACAACGCAUAGCCAAGCUCAAGAGACAUGCUAAAGCCCUCGGCUCGAACUCCACCGAUACAACCCCUAUCACGACCCCGGCUAAGAAGAACGGAGCAGCCACCACCACCGCCGCCGAUGCGGAGACUCCCACCAAGCCCAAGCGUAAGGCCGGGACUGGGGGUGGGGACCAUGCGAAUGGUGAAGGCGCCGCGGUGCCGAAGAAGGUGGCCAAGAAGGUGAAGGUGAAGGUGCAGGUGCAGGAGGAAGGGGUUGGGGAGGAGGGGUUUGGGUUUUUCAAGCUGGAGAAGAAGGAUUUGGGCGGGGUGAAGAAGGAGGAGGAGGAGGAGGAUGGGGCUAUGGCUUGA